UGUUAGUGGGGUUUUUAGGUUUUUGUAGGGAAAAAAUAAAUCAAAAGAAAAGAAAAAAGAGAAGAGACUCUUUAAUAUAGCAGACUGAAAUCGAUUAUAAGAGACGCUAUGUGGCCAUGUUUGGUUGGCUAAUAGAAUAAAACAAAAGGGAUUUUUUUUUUUUGAUCUGAUUUUGGUGAUGAAAGCAACUCGAACUUCUUCCGAUAGUUAAAUAAUCAGCGCUAUCUCUCUUCUUCGAUCGAUUUCGUCCCUUUGUUGUCAGGUUCUUACAGAGAAAGAAAGCUGAACACUGGCUAUUGCAACCUCUGACUGAAAUCAAUUUGCAGCUGUUUGUGUUAGUCUCCAUUUGGAUCUCAUGCAAAAUGCAUUGUGCUCGGGGUUUAUCGGUUCAUAGUCUGAAAUCCUUUGGGGAUAAAGUGAUUACAGAGCAACUCUUCAUGGUUCGGGAUUUUUUGGAUGCGCAGGUUUUGAAAUUUGACAUUGGCACUCUUAAUAUAGCUUAUACACUGCUUGAAGACCUUUUCAUUCAGUUCAAAGAAGUUGCAAAGGUUGGGGAACUUUUGAACUUUGAAGCAUGUAUGGACAUGAUGGAUCUUCUUUACGAGAUAGAGGAGACAUCCCUUCUUUAUCAAUCUUCAACAUCUUUAGCUGCUUCCAUUUUGUGCCAAAACAACAGUAUGACUUCCCUAUCCUCCCUUAGGGUUAUAUCGUCGUCAACAUGGGCCCACUCUUCCACCCGAAAGCCCAAUCAAAAAAUAUCUCACUAUCUUCACCAACCCACUCCUCUGUUUCACCAAACCCAUUUCCUUUAUUUCCAAAGUCCCACCCCUCGUAUUUCUCAACCUUUCCGUUUUUUAACCCAUAAGUUUCAUUAGUCAUUUACACAUCCAAAUUUUGUUUGACUGAUCGAUCUUCAAAUUCGAAGAACCCAAUGGUUUUAGUUUUUCAUGUACUGGAUGUUGUUGAUGGCCAAACAGUGUGGUUGGUAGCUUGGUAAAAUAUAUAUAUGUGAUAUGUGUCUUCUAUUAAUAUGGAACCAAAAUAGACCAAAUCAACAAAUGUAGACAUUAUUAAAGUUCAUAUACCCCAUAAAUGGCAAAUAUCUAUAUAUAUAACUUUUGGCUAUGCCUUUUUCCUAAAAUUAUGGACUUUUUUUUUUCUUAUCUGUUAAAAUUAUUAUACACAAUGGACAUUUGUUGUUUUGGUCUACAUUUGUUGUUUGUUUUUAGCAAAUAACACGUUUUUAAUCCUUGACGUCUCAUUCUACAUGAUAUUACGAUAUUUAUUUAAUACCAUACAUUUAUUUAUAGGUUAUACUUUUUCCAUCAUAUGUUUUUGAAAAGAAAAAAAAAUUCCUAAAUUAUACUAUAUACAUUUAUCGUGCAGAUUACAGAACAUAAAAUGUUUUUUAAAUAAAAUUUAAAGGGAAAAAAAAUUUAAAUUGAUAAUCCCAGUGAUAUUUUUUCAUUAAUUCCGCUACAAUAAUAAUUUACCACUACACUUUAUGCGUUUAUACGUGAUUUUCAACAAAAUUAAUAUUUUCAAAAAAAAAAAAAAAUUGAAAAAUGGCAGCUUACCAAACGCGACGUGAAAACAAUGAGAACCCAUACUCUACUUCGUAAUGACAAAAUUACCCUCAUAAUAAUCAAUAAACUACAAAACUAACAUUUUCACCAACCCCACCGUUUUGUUUACUCCGAUUGUGUUCUCUAUAUGAACUCCUCCGACACAACUCAAGUCUCCUUCAGGCCAAAGCCUAAAAUAUUCACACAGAAAGAAAACUCUUUUCCCUUUUUUUUUUU